AUGGCGAAGUCACACUCCGAGUCUUCGGAGGACUACGAGUUCAUUGAGACUCCUGCAGCUCCUACACCUCAGCCUCAAGGCCAUGACUGUGGGGUGAGGACCACCAAAUCCCCUACGAUUCACAAUGCUCCUCUGCCAGCCGAUGGUCCCGGAAGUGACACUUUCAACAACUAUAUCCUCCUCGCCCUACUCGUUUUCAUCCCAUGGUGGCUAGCUCGCCAGGUCUAUGGCGGGUUUUGGACCAGCAUCUUCUUCGGCAUCUUCACCACUAUCCCAGUCCUGAUUGGCUUUUGGUUCAUCUCGUCCCGCAUCUCCCCACGCAAGAACGAGAAGGCCAAGCUGCCCGGUCGUCCAGUCGAAGAAUACAUUACCCUGAAGAAAGCGUCGGAUAAGGAGCGAUACUACGGAAGGAACAAGAUCCCUAUCUGGACCUUCUUCGAGAAGUAUUUUGAUCAGGAGAUCGACAUUAAGGGCGACAUGCUUGAGAUUCUGGAGAUGAGACAUGAUUGGGCAAACUUCAAAUUCACCUGGGACGUCUUCAAGCACGUGUUCGUUGGGUUCGGCCCAGAGAUGCUGUGGCAUAGCCGUUCGCAGGAUGAGGAGCAAGUGAGAGACCACUACGACCGUGGCGAUGACUUCUACAGCUGGUUCUUGGGACCGCGAAUGAUCUACACCUCCGGCAUCAUCUCAGAUCCUUCGCGAGAAGAGACAUUGGAGCAGCUGCAGGACAACAAACUUGCUAUCGUUUGUGAGAAGAUCGGCGUCAAGCCAGGUGACAAGAUGUUGGACAUUGGUUGUGGAUGGGGUACACUCGCCAAGUAUGCCAGCGUCAACUAUGGAGCCCAUGCUACGGGUAUCACUCUCGGCAAGAACCAGACUGCUUGGGGCAACGGUGGACUUCGCAAGGCUGGCAUCCCGGAAGACCAGAGUCGCAUCCUAUGCAUGGACUAUCGUGACAUUCCGGUGCCGGAGGGUGGAUACAAGAGAAUCACUUGUUUGGAAAUGGCCGAGCACGUUGGCGUACGAUACUUCAAGAAGUUCCUGACACAAGUGUACGACAUGCUUGAUGACGAUGGGGUCUUCUUCCUGCAGAUCGCUGGUUUCCGCAAGUCGUGGCAGUACGAAGAUCUCAUCUGGGGUCUCUUCAUGAACAAGUAUGUCUUCCCAGGAGCCGAUGCAUCAGCACCGAUCGACUUCGUCAUCGGCACGCUCGAGGGUGUCGGCUUCGAGGUCAAGUCAGUCGACACAAUCGGCGUCCACUACUCUGCAACCCUAUGGAGAUGGUAUCGCAAUUGGCUUGCCAAUUCAGAGAAGUCCAAGGCCAAGUAUGGAGUGCGAUGGUAUCGUAUCUGGGAGUAUUUCUUGGCCUCGGCUGUUAUUUCCUCUCGCCAGGGUUCCGCCACAGCGUGGCAGAUCACGAUGGUCAAGAACAUUAACAGCACUCACCGUAUCGAGGGUGUGAACACACAGUUCGGGCUAGAGGGUGCCUUGAGAGCGGGUCGGGCACGGCUGGCUGGGACGGGUGCUCCGCUUGCUGAUACUGUCAAGGCGGCUCUGCGAAGCGACUACUAG